UUCCUGGGGUAGAGGGUCUGUCGAGAGUAUCCUUCGUUAACCUUAAUUAAAACUGAUAAACUCCUCCUCCCUCGGCCCAUUUAAAUAAUGUUUUUUUGUUUUUCUUUUUUUUUUUUUUCUGUGUCUUCCUCUUUUGCUAACUUUGAUAGCAUCCUGGCCCUGGACUAGUCUUUAAGUAUCUAGAAGUGAAUGUAGGAGAGGUGGCUGGGAAGAUGGAAAGUUGAUUCUAAGACCCCUAAGCAGAUUCUGCGACCCCUAAUACUGGCCCUUUGAAUUUGUGGUUAAACAAAGGGAUUGAGAUAAGUGACUAUUGGGCUCUGGGUCUUUUAGAAUUUGACAGAGCUUUACAAAUGGAACAUGGUUUCUUUAGUGGGGAUCUUACACGUUUGGAACUUUCUAGACCUGGAUUAGAAAGCAGGAAAAAAAUGUGGCCUCUGCUGACUGAGAAUUUUUUUAGUUCAGUGGUCUAAAAGCUGAGUACAGGAGAAAGUACAUACAGGGAAAGAAAUAGGCUAUAUCAGCUGUCCAAACAAUGAUAGAAAGUACACUUUCCUACCAUUGACAAAGAUGCCGGCAGUCCCUUGUAGAUAGAUGACCUGUAGCAGCCAAGGAAGCUUUAAGAGGAAUGUGUGGGCUUCAUAGGGUGGUUUGUUUGCUUUCUGAUAUUGUGACGUAGUUUAGUUCCAGGUUAAGUGGAUUUAUGGAUUCUAAUAUCUAUAAUUAGAACCUUUAUCUUGUUUUGUAAAAGAAUGAGCGGUGACCUUGAUAAUAUUUAUAACACAAAAUAGUUCUUACUGCUUCGCUUCUUCCCAUCACUGCCCCUUUACACCAUCCUUCACAUGUUAUUUAAUGGAAAGCCACUUGGAAGAGGAGUUACCAAGGAUACGAUUUAUUAAACUUUCUUUCACAACUCAUACUCCAGGCUUGUCAGUGGUAUGCUCCCAGGUGGUUAUUUUUAAAAAUUGACCACACUUCCAGUUGUCCCUUGGUGUGCGUGGAGGAUUGGCUCCAGGACUCCCUCCCUCCCCCCAGUCUCUUUCAGAUACCCAAAUCCACCCAUGUUGAAGUCCCCCAGUCUGCUCUCCGUAUCCGUGGUUGAGUCAAUCUAUAGAUGUCGAACCCGUGUAUACGGAGAGCCAACUGUAAUUUGUCCUUAAGGAACAACUUUUUGACGUGAAGGAAGAUAGAAAUUUAACUAUAAAAUUCCAUCCAAAACUUCUACUGAAUUGAAACUUGUGUUGUUCCCCCUCCAGGAGCUUCUCAAAACAAAAGUCAGGCACCAUAUUAAAUACUUGUUGAAUGAUCACAGAAGUACGAUAGAGUGAAAGGGAAGCAAUGCAGAAAUCGGAGGGCUCUGGAGGUACACAGUUGAAAAACAGAGCAAGAGGUGACUGUGAUCAGAGGACAUCAUCAAGCACACAGAUAAAACACAGGAAUGCAGUUCAAGGAAGCAAAUCCUCAUUGUCAACCAGUUCUCCAGAGUCUGCAAGAAAACUUCAUCCUCGACCAAGUGAUAAACUGAACCCUAAAACAAUUAACCCGUUUGGUGAACAGUCACGAGCGCCUUCUGCAUUUGCAGCUAUUUACUCUAAAGGAGGUAUUCCUUGCAGAUUGGUACAUGGUUCAGUAAAACACAGAUUACAGUGGGAAUGUCCUCCUGAAAGUCUUUCAUUUGAUCCACUUCUUAUUACUUUAGCCGAGGGUCUGAGAGAAACCAAGCAUCCAUACACCUUUGUGUCAAAGGAGGGUUUUAGAGAAUUACUUUUGGUCAGAGGUGCUUCUGAAAAAGCUGUUCCUUUGCUACCUAGACUGAUUCCUGUGCUAAAGGCAGCUCUGGUCCAUUCGGAUGAUGAAGUGUUUGAAAGAGGAUUGAAUGCCCUAGUUCAGCUAAGUGUUGUUGUUGGUCCUUCUCUAAACGACCAUCUGAAGCAUCUGCUUACAAGCCUUUCCAAGAGAUUAAUGGACAAGAAAUUCAAAGAGCCAAUCACCAGUGCAUUACAAAAGCUAGAGCAAUGUGGCGGAAGUGGAAGCCUUAGCAUCAUCAAAUCUAAAAUUCCAACGUACUGCUCCAUAUGCUGUUGAAGAAGGGAGCCAACAAAAAUUGUUUUUACUGCCUGGUGACGUGUCAAACACUGACCGUGGGUACUCAUGGAACCUUUAUUCCAUGUAUUUUAUUCUUUUGUAAAUCACAGCCACCCUUCAUUAUUUACUAGGUUAAGAUGAAUAUACGCUGAAUCAAAGUUAUUCAGCAACAAAAAAGAACAGUUACUAAUGGAAAGUUACUAAAAUAAGUUCUGUAAGAGUACAAUUUUCUGAGGUUUUUUUUUAAAUUUUUAUUAUUUGUGCAAAGAACCAUUAUUGAGUUGGCAAGAUAAGAUGCAUUUGUAUUUUCUGGUGCCUUUUUAUUUAUAACACUUUUUUGGCAAACAAUUUGUAGCUGUGCCCUGAUUUUUAUAGACAGUUUGCCGUUUCUUGGGUUUAAUAUUUAACAAGACCGUAGAAAUUUAAAAUAGUGGACAAAUGUUUGUGAAUACACUUUUUAAAAAUUGUUUUAAAAGAGAGAAGGGAUCUUGCUUUGUUGCCAGACUGCAGUGCAGUGGCAUGAUCAUAGCUCACUGCAAGCCUCAAAUUUUAGUGCACAGAUGAUCCUUUCAUCUUAGCCUCCCGAUUAGCUGGGACUACAUGGUGGCACAUGCCACCAUGCCUGGCUAAUUUUAAAAUUUGCUUGUAGAGAUGGGAUCUCACUCUGUUGUCCAGGCUGGUCUAAGUUCUGGCCAGUGAUCCUCCCACAAUGAACUUCCAAAGUGCUGGGAUUACAAGUGUGAGCCACCAUGCCUGGCCCCAUGAAUACACUAUUAAUUAUUGUUUGUAAAUAUGUAUCGUAUAAUGUACAAUGCUUGGAAAAUUUUUUCAGAGUAUUCUAGAAUAGUUUAAGAAAUUUUUUCUAAUUCUGUCAAUUCUAUUACAAGUAUGUUGUUUAUUACAACUCAUUACAACUACCUAAAUUUUACGUGUUAACUCUAUUUAAGUAAAUACUAUUUUUGCAUUUCAUAGCCAGAAAAUACUGAUGUUCACAUAAGGAUAUUCAGCAAUUAAAAUGUUAAAACUUGUACAUGCA